AUGGUCAUCGACGAUCGUUCGCCGCCAUCGAAUCCUCAUUCCCACCAUUCCCAUUCCAAUGACCCUCAUGCGCCAUUAACGACCAGUCGCGUUUCGCCGGAAAUGUCGACCCGACGCACCGGUAUGGAUUUUACUCGACGACGAAAUUGGUCGGAAAGAGUGACGGGCGAUGUCACGGGUCUUUUGCAUGUGCUAUCACCAACAGCCAAGGUUUUGUACUGCUCAGACUCGGUUUACCAUCUGACGGGAUAUCGGCCGGACGAAGUUACUGGUCGAAUUUUCACGGAUUUCUUACACGUAGAUGACAUUGAUGUAUUUAUUCGAAGUUUCAAUAUGGCAUUACAACAAUGCAGACAAAUGAAAACAUAUUUCCGAUUUCGAAAAAAAGAUAAUACCUUUGUUAUAUUUGAAUCUAUCGGACACUCGGAAGCGUAUACGGAACAAGACGCCUCGCCUUGCUUUUUCGCUAUUGCCCAGCCAUAUUCUACCAAAGCUAGUACGCUGUUGGAUUCAUUUAUAGAGUUGAAAAUGGAAAAUGAAUGGCUCCGAAAACGUUUGCACGACCUCUCUUCUGCGUAUCUCGAAUCCGAUCAAUUACCUAGUCAACAAUCCAUGUCGCUCUCCUUGGAUACCUCAAUGUUUGCUGAUUAUUCCAAAACGCCGGACGAAUCCCGACGAUCCUCCGGAAGUAUGAUUUUUAUGGAAGACGAUCGCAUCAACCCUCCUUCUUCAGCUGCCACGUUAUCGUCGGCCGACUUGGACCAUUUAGCCAUCCAUUCAUCCGACUCUAUCAAUCCUCAUCCUUCACUCCUUUCAUCGUCCUUUACUUUACAAACAAGUCCUGACGCUUUACGAAAAGAGAAAUGGAAACGAAAGAAAGUCCGACAAGAACAUGAUCAUGUAUGCACCGAUUGCGGUACUACGUCUUCACCCGAAUGGCGCAAAGGUCCUCACGGUCCCAAAACUUUAUGUAAUGCAUGCGGUCUUCGCUGGGCAAAACGAAAUAAGAGAACCUCAACUGGACUAUAG